CUGAACGCGAUGAUCUCACUUGUUCGCGUGUGCGUUCUGCGCCCAUUCUCCUGGAGGAUCUUCCGCCGCUUGAUGAGCUCACAGUUGAGCGGUGAUGUCAGCGUGUGCGCCGCGGUCCUUGAGCCUCCCCUAGACUCGCGGACGCGAACGCGUAGGCACUGGGAGAUACGAACGUCUUGUUUACACGCGCCACCUCUAGACUGGAGGCGCUACCUUGGCGGGUCCUUUCCCCUAGGAUCCGGCCUCUGCUCCUCCCCGUGUUUGUGCGGCUCCCGUUGGCCUGGCGGAUUCCAGCGCAAAGAGGCUGGACUUGUAGGCACAGCAGCUCCGGAGGCGUGCUGGGCUGAGUGAGGGCGACCAGGGCUAUGCUGGGCAAGGAUUACAUGCUGGCCAUCAUUCUGGUCAACUGCGAUGAUGACUUGUGGGGGGACCAGAGUCUGGAGGGGGAGCCAGGCCUGCCCCCUGGCUGGAGGAAGAUCCGCGAUGCUGCAGGUACUUAUUAUUGGCAUGUACCCAGCGGUAGCACUCAGUGGCAGCGCCCAACCUGGGAGUCAGGAGAUGCAGAGGACCGAGGCAAGAAGACAGAGGGAAUUUGGGGACUUCGGCCCCCCAAGGGGAGAUCCUUCUCCAGCCUGGAGAGCUCACUGGACCAGAGUAACCCUCUGUCCUGGUAUGGUGAAGAAUCCUACAUCCAGAGAAUGGAGCCAGGGGCUAAGUGCUUUGCAGUCCGCUCUCUGGGCUGGGUGGAAGUACCUGAAGAGGACCUGGUACCAGGGAAGAGCAGUAUCGCUGUCAAUAACUGCAUCCAGCAGCUGGCCCAGACCCGUAGCCGGAGCCAGCCCCCAGAUGGUGCCUGGGGUGAGGGCCAGAACAUGCUGAUGAUUCUGAAGAAGGAUGCCAUGAGCCUGGUGAAUCCCCUGGACCACAGUCUGAUCCACUGCCAGCCCCUGGUGCACAUCCGUGUAUGGGGUGUGGGCAGCUCCAAGGGCCGUGACAGGGACUUCGCUUUUGUGGCGGGUGACAAAGACAGCUGUAUGCUCAAGUGCCAUGUGUUUCGCUGUGACGUCCCUGCAAAGGCCAUUGCCAGUGCCCUACAUGGGCUUUGUGCCCAGAUCUUGUCGGAGCGAGUGGAGGUCAGUGGUGAUUCCCCUUGCUGCUCACUAGACCCCAUCACCCCUGAAGACCUGCCUCGACAAGUGGAGCUACUGGAUGCUGUGAGCCAGGCUGCUCAGAAGUAUGAGGCACUGUACAUGGGGACCCUGCCAGUCACCAAAGCCAUGGGCAUGGAUGUGCUGAACGAGGCCAUUGGUACGCUCACCACCCGUGGGGAUCGGGACACCUGGGUCCCUGCCAUGCUCAGUGUGUCUGACUCUGUUAUGACAGCACAUCCCAUUCAGGCAGAGGCUGGUGCAGAGGAGGAGCCACUGUGGCAGUGUCCUGUGCGCCUCGUGACCUUUAUUGGUGUUGGCCGUGACCCACACACCUUUGGUCUCAUUGUCGACCUGGGCCAUCAGAGCUUCCAGUGUGCAGCCUUCUGGUGCCAGCCCCAUGCAGGGGGACUUUCUGAAGCUGUGCAGGCGGCUUGCAUGGUUCAGUACCAGAAGUGUCUUGUGGCCUCUGCAGCUCGAGGCAAGGCCUGGGGUGCCCAGGCCCGUGCCCGCCUGCGGCUCAAGCGGACCAGCUCUGUGGACUCCCCAGGAGGUCCCCUGCCACUUCCCCUGCUCAAAGGAGGGGUUGGGGGUGCAGGGGCAGCCCCUCGAAAGCGGGGUGUCUUCUCUUUUCUUGAUGCCUUCCGGCUGAAACCCUCUCUGCUCCACAUGCCCUAAGUUAAUUGGGGAGGACUGGGGAAGGAGGCUCUGGGUCCACGCCCAAUUCUGUACCCCUUCUUUUCCCAGGGGCCUGUAGCCGCUCACCUUUUGGAGCCUUCUCUGCGUGCCCCACUGACACUUGCCCACCCUCUAUUGCCCAAUUCAUUGUUUGUAUGGGUGAUUGAGAGGCCCUGUACCACAGCCUAGGCUGCAGACUCUCCUUUCCCUGGGUCCCUGUGUUCCUUGCCCCUGUCCAACCCUGGACAGUUGGCUCUACCUCAGCAACACUUUAUAGCAAAAUCAGUACAAAUAAAAAUCCCUCAGUGACCUCA